AUGCCUCAACUAUCUCCCGCCCUUCCAAGGACAUCGCUCGCAAGACGACUGGCCAAUUUCACCAACUCCACGGCCGGCCUGGAUUUGACCCUCCGUCUGCUCCAUAGCUUGGCCCUUAUCGGGACUGAACUUAAGUUCAGUAAUGAGACUGUUCUGAGAUGCUCGGUUGCAGCAUCACAGAUAGGCCUCGGAAGGCGCUAUCUUCGCUUCUUCUCUUUUCUUGAUUGUUUCCAAAAUGUACAAGAUAUUCUGGCCGCAGGGUACCCCUUCAGCAGGAUAGCGGUAAUGGAGAUGGUCGAAUCUGGCUGUUUGGGGAUGUAUCUUGCUCUGGAGGGCACGACCAUGCUUCAUGACAUGGACGUUUUCUUGGUUUCGUGGUAUACGCCCAUUCUGCUUGAAGCCUACAAGUUCUGGUUCUAUGGUAUCUGCAUAGCAAUUGUUAGAACCGCCUCGGAUCUAUUCCAUGGCCCACCGGCACUCAGUACUCAAAACGGCUCCAUUGGCGAGAAAGAGAAAACAGAAGCAUCGGGCCAUUCACCACCAAAGCCGGCUCCAUCCACUGUUGUUCUCUUAAAUCGACUUGUGAUUGACACCUUGGACUUGAGUAUUCCCGGCUCUUUGCUGGGAUGGAUUCCCAUGAGCAACAUGGGUGUUGCUACCGCCAUGCUGAUCAGCACCAUACUCGUUUGGCCGACUGCCUGGGCGGAAGCGAACCUUAGGUUAGCGAUCAUCUUCUACUGCGAUAUGCGCGUGACUAAGGGCUGUGCUCGCUGUCGACAUCGCCACGCCCGCUGCGUGAUCCCGGUCGGUGCCUCGUCAUGCUCGCGCUGUGCGCGUCUGGGCCGGCCAUGUCAUCUUGAGCCGCGCUUCCACUUCAAGCCUGUGCGCCAUAUAUACCAGCAGUGUGAUAAUGCUCCAGCCCGCUUCGACCUAGUCUGGGAUGAGCAGCAGGUCUGGGUAGGGGUCUCAAGGCCAGUGACCUUUGUGCACGAGACCAGCGACUUCACGCGUGAGCAAUUUGAGCCGGAUGACAGGGACCACGACCUCGAGCAGUCAUAUUCUCCGCCAGGUCAAAGCCAGCUCACGCUUCCAGAUCCGAUUGAAUAUCCGGCCGACACCUCCUCGAAUAACUCCUCAAUUUGCGGAACAAAUGAUGUCUCAACACCGUCCCCGCGGGAGGCAUACCUGAUCCGCUCCUACAUCCAGAAGAUCGCGGCAGUGGCAGAUGUAUGCGAACCCCAGGCUUACUUCAGUACCGAAGUUCCACGCCGAGCACUCGAAGAGCCAAUGCUGCUGAAAGCCCUCCUAGCACUUGCUGCCCGACAUGAUGCCAUAUUGACAAAUGGGAGCGAGUGUGAAGCGUCAACCUUUCACGGAGAGUGUCUACAGCUGCUCAUCGUUGCCCUAAACCAGCCGGAGGAGAACUAUGACGACAAUCUUCUCACCACGGUGGUUGUCCUUCGUUUCUACGAAGAGCUGGAGAGGACAGCCGACAGGAAAUGCCACCUUCUCGGGUCCAACCGCCUACUCAAUCUCAUGUCUCGGUCAGCAUCGUCCGGAGGAUUAGCCGAAGCAGUGAGCUGGCAAUUCUUGCGCCAAGCUAUUUACUCAUCUAUAGCCCAGUACGAGCCAAUACAACUGGAUCUGCAAAAUUACGAGCGUUCCUCGGUCUUCCAUCGCGAUGACGAUGCCGCCCGUGCGAAUGCCAUAAUCUUUUUCUGCGCAUGCAUACUUCAGCUAUGCUGCGCUGUGCCAGGGUACGCCAUUGACCGGAAAAGCUGGCAGCGCCUGGCAGACUGUGUGGAGGAGUGGCACUGCAAUAAGCCGAGGAGCUGGCAACCACUUCGAUAUCAGGCCCCUGUUUUGUCUGCGGAUCAACCGUUUCCUGAACUAUGGCUCAUGUCACCCCCUGCUGUGGUCGGUUUGCAAUAUUAUCACGCCUCCAAGAUAUUUCUCACACUGUCGGAUGCGCCGUCGCUGCGGAUGACGGACUACGAAACGUCGCAAGCGCGACUCAUCGCAGAGAAAACGAUUGCGGGCCAUGUCGUGAUGGCCAUCGGUCUGUCUUUAUCGAAUGACAGUGUUCAAAAUAGCUAUUUUAUCGCCUCGCACUUGCUCCAACGCUUUGGAUAUUGCUUGCAGCAACCGGCUGAGCAACAAGGAGCACUGCGUUUCCUGUCUCGUGUUGAGAAGAAUCUUGGAUGGCGCACUUCAUGGACGGGGCGCGAUCUAGAGCGACAGUGGAGGGAUCGGGCUAAUCUUUCCUCGGGGACUAAUUGA